UUAAAAAAAGGUAAAAAAUAAUUUGGCAAUUCCCAGAUCAAACUAUCCCGAACAAAAAAAAUAAUAUCCCCCACGCUGGUGUAGCCAGAGCCACCAGUUUCAAGUUUCAACACUCCAUGGACCUCUGAAGUCUGAAUCCACAACACGCCUUCCUCCCAUUUUUUGAUAUCUGGGAUAUACAAUAUUGUGCAAGAAAAGAUUUUAGAAAUGGCAGCUCUAUCAAGUUUAGAAUUUAAUGUAAAUUUGAGGAAGGGAUUUUGUAUUACCACCAGCAUCUUGGCUCCUACAUGUUUACAACAAAGGCCAAGGACUAGUAACCAUUUUACAAAAGAUAGAAUUAUUGCACAAAACUUAUCUUCGAACAGAAAUUCAAUAUUCCCAAGUCGUACGUUGCAAAGCAACAUAUCAACCGAGUUUAUCUCUACCGUUUGCAGAAGCAGUGAGCCAUCAAAUUCUAGCGUCAAUAAUGAUGAACCAACUAAGCAGGGCAAGGUACCCUUUGGAUAUACAAGAAAGGAUGUUAUAUUGAUUGGAGUUGGGGUUACAGUUGGUGGCAUCGCCCUAGAAAGUGGGUUAGAGUAUCUUGGAGUUGAUCCAUUACAAGCAGGAAAUGUGGUUCAGUUGGUUUUAGUUCUUGGUUUAACUAUUGGAUGGAUAUCCACUUACAUCUUUAGAGUCUCCAACAAGGAAAUGACUUAUGCUCAACAAUUACGUGACUAUGAAAACAAAGUCAUGGAGAAACGUUUGGAGGGUUUAACGGAAGCAGAGUUAGAGGCAUUGCUCGAACAAGUUGAAGAAGAGAAAAGAACCCUUGCCAGUGGUGAGAAUGCUAAGUAAAGCUAGUAUUACGGUAUAUUAUCCACAUAGAAUUUGAUACUAAAAUAUCUGUAUAAAGUAAACAUUGUAUAACUGUACUGCAUAGCUAGUUUUAUUUUAUUUGCUAUAAAAGAUAAUCUCAUCGUUCUGGGGUA